UUUGUUGUUCCACGAAUCCCGAGUCGGCAGGUCAUAAUUUUAAGGUUGUAGGUGCGAGGGACGUAAAACGUGCAGCUGCUUUCCAUUCGGUGCUCCGAGGUGUUUGGUACGCCCUUCUGUUUUCCGGCGCUAGGAUGUCACGGUGGCGCUCGUUCUGUAGUAGAGCGGCGACGUGUCUGUUGGUAACGACGGUGCUACUGGCUAGCUGCGCGCUUGCCGAUAUCCCCAAAACACCGGGACUGUCCGCCGGUGGCAGCAAAAAGGAUAAGCUCAAGGCGGAAAAGCUACCACCCUGCAAAGCGUGUACGGCUCUGGUGAACUCGUUCCGGGACGGUAUCAAGCGCACCGAGCGCUCCAAGCACGAUGGUGGUGACGCGGCCUGGGAGGAGGAGCGGCUCGGCAGCUACAAAACGAGCGAGCUGCGGUUGGUCGAGAUACAGGAACGGCUGUGUCAGGAUGUGGUGCGAGGGGAGGACCAGUGUCACCAGUUGGCCGAAGACUACGAACCGCAGAUCGAAGUGUGGUGGAAGAAUCAUCAGACGACCCACCCCGAUCUGCAUCAGUGGUUGUGCGUGGAGCAGGCGGCGGUUUGCUGUCCGGACGGGUUUUACGGCCCAAACUGUGACCCGUGCCCGACCUGUUUCGGUAAUGGCAAGUGCAAGGGCAACGGAACACGCAAAGGGAAUGGACGGUGUGCGUGUGAACCGGGCUACGCGGGUGAAAACUGUGAUAGCUGCGGGACCGAACACUACGAGGCGUUCCGUGAUGAAACCAAGCUGCUGUGUAGCCCGUGCCAUCGAGCUUGCGCCACCGGUGGUUGUACCGGGGCUGGACCGAACGCUUGUCGCGUAUGCCGAUCGGGUUGGGUGAUGGAUAGUGGCAGAGGUGGCUGCGUGGAUGUGGACGAGUGCAUCACGGCCAACCCUUGUACGAAGCAACAGUUUUGUGUGAACAAUGAAGGAUCCUAUAGUUGCUUAGAAUGCGAUAAAUCUUGUGAAGGCUGUAGUGGCGACGGUCCAGAUUUGUGUGACAAGUGUGCCGAUGGCUACGAACUGCGCGAUGGCAUGUGCACAGAUACCAGCAAUGAGCGGCGUACCCAGUAUGCUAACUUCACGCGCUACCUCACGUACCUCGGUUUGUGUCUUGCGACCUGCAUCGUCCUGCAAAACUCGACCUGGUUGGCCGGCCUCGUAGGUCUUGCGGUGGCGAUCUACAUUUCCGUGUCCGAGUAUUGGCUGAACACGACACCGCAGCCAUCGGCUACUCCAUCCCCACGCAUUCUGGACGAGCUCCUUCAGCAACAGAACUGAGCGUGCGCGAAUAGAUAAAGACGGAAAAGGGAUUGCUACUGAACAGGACUAAUGCGCAUUUUAUCCGUCAUGUGGUUCUGAUUAUUAUGAUUGCAUCCCAUUACUAAAACUGGCUCAAGUAUGCGUUGAAUGGAAGGUACUAGUCGUAUCUCUCGCUCGUAGACUAAUCUAUGAGUGCUGAUUUUUUUCCUUUCGUUCUCUUUUGUUGGGUCCAUCAUGUCUUUAUGGGUUGAAUGAAAGUAGAAACGACUGUCUGUCUCGAUCGAUCUUCCAAAGAGAUGGAGAUUUUAAAUAAUAAAAUCAAUUCGACAGAACUCAAAA